AUGGCGACGGCGGUGAACGAGCGCGUGGACGCGCUCCUCGCGAGCGGCGACGCCGCCGCGCACUGCCUCGUCGGCGCGACGUGCGACGACGCGGAGCUCGCGUGCGCGGGCCCGAUCCCAGAGGAUUGGCCGCGCGCGCUUCAGAUCCUCGGCCACCUCGCGACGGGCGCGCUCGUCGAGGCGCACCUCGCGUGGUGCCGCGUCCCGGAACCCCUGCGCGCGUCCGACGCCGAGCUCGUCGCCGCGAAAGCGCUUCUGGACGCGCUGCGCCGCCGCGACCUCGCGGGGCUCCACGCGCGCGCGGACGGCACGUCGUGGAGCGCGCGCGCGGCGCCGAUCGUCCGCGCCAUCGCGAGCGACGCGCGCGAGCGCGCGCUAGAUCUCAUCGCUCGCGCGUACACGACCGCGAGCGUCGCGCACGUCGCGGCCGCGCUGGGGACAAGCGCGCCGGACGCGAUCGCGCGGUGCGCCGCGCGCGGGUGGGGGGUCAGCGAGGACGGCGCGUGGCUCGACGUCGUGAAGCCGCCGGUGACGGAGAAGCAGAGAGCCGCGAUCGACGCGCUGACGUCGUUGACGGAGGUCACGACGCACCUGGGAGACUUCGCGUUGGACACGGAGCAGGAGAGCUGA